UAAACUGUAAACCUAAAGUCUAAAUUGAUUGAUUUUUUUAAAAUUCAAUUCAUUGUUCAUAGUUUCAGUGAAUCAGAGUUCAAAAAAAUCUUUUAUGCUUAAUUCCUAUUGCGUUGGCCGAACUAGUAACUAAUAAAAAAGGAUUACAAGUGAAUUCUACCUAAUAUUUAAUUAAGGAAGAUAUAUCAUGCAAGAAUCGAGACCAGAGCUGUAUGAAGAAAUAAAGUUAUACAGAAAUGCCCGGGAACGUGAAAAGCAUGACAACAUGGCGGAGUUGUAUGCAGUAGUGAGCACACUACAACAUCUAGAGAAGGCUUAUAUGAGGGAUUGUGUACGAGCACAAGAGUAUACAGCAGCUUGUAGUAGACUUCUUGUUCAAUACCGUGUUGCAUUCAAGCAAGUACAGGGUGAUGAUUUCCCUACUAUUGAGAGUUUUGUCAGCAAAUUCAGGCUAGACUGCCCUGCUGCUCUUGAGAGGAUUAGGGAAAAUAAACCAAACUUGAUAAAAGAUGAUAAGGGUAAUACUAAUAAAUACAUUGCUGAGAUUGUAUCUCUUUUUAUAACACUCAUGGAUAAGUUACGACUGGAUUUACGAGCUAUGGAUAUGAUUCAGCCAGAGUUAAGAGAACUUAAAGAUGCCAUGGACUGUCUAACUAUGCUUCCUGAAGACUUUAUUGGAAAAAUUAAGGUACAAGAAUGGCUAGAAAUGUUAUCUGCAAUGUCAGCAUCUGAUGAAUUGUCUGAGGCUCAGGCGAGGCAACUUGUGUUUGAUCUUGAAACAUCAUUAGGAGCCUUUAAUAAAACACUACAUUAAUUAAAUUCAAAAUUUGUAGUGGGGAUAUAAUAAUAAUAUAUUUUACUUUUUAUUCAUUAAAAGUACCGGUUUCAUCAGCAAACCAUUUAUAUUAUAUGUAAUCAAUAUA